AUUUCGAAUCUCUUUGGUUUAUCAGUUGAGUUGUAGACCGAGCUCGUUCUAUUUGGGCGUAAACAAUGUCUUAUUAACGUUUCGAACGGCUUCUCUCAUUCGACUUGUUUCACGAGGGCGGGAUUUCGACAAAAGAGACCCCGUUUCUUUGUUUUAGUUACGUUUUAGGUUUUUAUUUUCUUUUUUUUUCCAUUUACGGGUGUACGGGCCGAUCCGGAAAUCCAUUUCCAACGGGAGCUAAUCGACCGUUUAUGACCAUUUGUUUACCCGUUUUUAUUCGACUUUCCGCUAUCGGAAAACCUGGCCGGCGUCUCUCACUUAUGAAGCCGUCAACGAUUUCCCCAAUAUAAAAGUGCAGACUGUGAAUUUAGGAACUAUGAAGAAAAUGACUUGUUACUACUUAACCUGUUUUAUUUUACUCAUCGGCUUUACCAACUCUGCCUAUUCUUUACACCAGUCACCUCCGAGAAUUGUAAAGCAACCUCCAUCAGAUGAGCUUUUAUUUCAGGUCUAUGCCCAACAAGGGAUGAUAAAUGAAAAACCAUUUUUGAUCGAGUGUGAAGCUGAAGGUGAACCUGCACCUAGGUAUCGUUGGGUUAAGAAUGGAAAAAAUUUCGACUGGCAAUCAUACGAUGAUAGAAUAUCACAGCAACCCGGACGAGGAACAUUAGUUAUAAGUUCCCCAAGAGAUGAAGAUCUAGGUCAAUAUCAAUGUUUUGCCACAAAUGACUGGGGGACUGCAACAUCGAAUUCCGUUUUUGUACGAAAAGCCGAGUUAAACUCCUUUAAAGACCAAGGAGAACUAACGGCAGUUGCGGUUGAAGGGGAUCCUUUCAAAUUAACAUGCCAACCGCCAGAUGGUUGGCCAAAACCUAAUGUGUAUUGGCUUUUACAGACUAGCGAUGGUGGUAUAAAAAGUAUAAACAAUUCAAGAAUGACUGUAGACCCAGAAGGCAACCUGUGGUUUACAAAUGUAACUCGUACGGAUGCGAGCGAGGAUUUUGCAUAUGCAUGCGCAGCAACAUCGUUAUACAGAAACGAAUAUAAACUUGGCAACCGUGUUCUGUUAAAAGUGGAAUUCAGUUCCGCAAAACCUGGAAAAUUUAUGCACGAACCUAUUCAACAAUAUGUUACAAGAAAAAAUGAAGUCGCUAUAAGAGGAUCUAAAGUGGAACUUUAUUGUAUAUUUGGCGGAACGCCUUUACCAAAUAUUUUAUGGUUCAAGAAUGGCGAUCCUGUAGCAUUAUCUGAAAGACUAACACAAGGCAAUUUUGGUAAAAGUUUAGUUAUAAAACAUGUUGAAAAGGAAGACGAAGGAGCCUACAUGUGUGAAGCGAGCAAUGGUGUUGGCCCUGCAAAAUCCUACAGCAUCAAUCUGCGAGUAUUGGCUGCACCUUACUUCACCGUAGAACCAGAAAUAGUCAAUGCUGCAGAGGAUGAAACUGUUGAGAUAAGAUGUGAAGCUUCAGGAGAUCCGGAACCCGAAAUAAAAUGGAUUCAUAAUGGUUUACCGAUCGUUCAAGCACAACCAAAUCCAAGGAGAUCAGUCACACAAAAUUCAAUAAAAAUUGAAAGACUGAAUAAGAAAGACACAGGGAAUUAUGGUUGUAACGCCACCAACAGCAUUGGAUAUGUAUACAAGGAUGUUUACAUCAAUGUACUAGCUCUUGCUCCUGAGAUAUUGGAAUCUCCCGCUGACAUGGAAGUAGUAAAUGGAAAACCAGUAACACUUACGUGCAGAGUAUUUGGUGCCCCUAAACCUGAAGUAAAAUGGGUAAGACAAGGAUCAGAACUGACUGGUGGUCGAUUUAAUAUUUUAAGCGAAGGAGAUUUAUUAAUCAAGGAAGUCAACUUUUUAGAUGCCGGUGAUUAUACAUGUUUUGCCACAAAUAAAUUUGGAACGGCCGAAAAGAAAGCUAGCUUAGUAGUCAGAGAACAUACUCGUAUAACCGAUGAACCGACUGACUUCGAAGUUGCAGCUGGCUCUACAGCGACCUUCCGUUGUAGUGCUGUUUCAGACAGUUCGUUAAACCUCACUAUAAAUUGGCUGAAUAGCAAUCAACUGAUAGAUUUUGAAGCUGAACCGAGAUUUGUUAAAUCCAACGAUUUUUCUUUGACGAUUACUAAAACAAAUGAAUUGGAUUCAGGAGUGUAUACAUGUGUUGCAUCCACAUCGCUAGAUGAAGUUAGAGCUCAUGCAACAUUAACAGUACAAGAUGUUCCCAAUUCUCCCGAUCUUGUGGGUAUCAGGUGUAAUAAAAUGGAAGCAAAUAUCGAGUGGAAGCCGAUGGGCGAUAAUCGAUCUCCAAUUUUACGAUAUAUUAUCGAAUACAAUACAACAUUCACCCCAGACGUAUGGGAAAAGGCUUACGAAAAUGUUCCAUCAACAGAUAAAACAUACAAAGUUAUAAUGAGUCCUUGGGCUAAUUACACGUUUAGAGUUUUAGCAGUGAAUAAAAUCGGAGCUUCCUUACCUUCCUCGCAUUCCCAAGUUUGUACAACAGAACCCGAUGUGCCCUAUAAAAAUCCAGAUAACGUAGAAGGAAAAGGAACUGAACCUAAUAAUAUGGUUAUUACUUGGACAGCAAUGCCACAGAUUGAACACAACGCUCCCAGAUUCCAGUACAGGGUUUCCUGGAAGAAAGAAAAUACAAGCGAGGAAUGGAUAUCUCAAGAAGUAUUAGAUUGGGAACAAAAUUCACUUCUCGUCCCUAAUCUUCCGACUUUCCAUCCGUAUCUUAUAAAAGUGAUAGCGAUAAAUGAGAAAGGAGAAUCUAAUACAUCUCCGAGGCUGGUAACAGGGUACUCAGGAGAAGAUGUACCACUCGAGGCGCCUGGAAAUUUCACAGUUAUCAAUGUGACAUCGAGCACAGAUGCAGUGUUGAGUUGGAAUCACGUCGAUCCAAAUUCAGUACAAGGCCACUUUAAAGGAUACAAGAUUCAAACAUGGACUGAAAAAGAAGGAGAGGCUAAUUUAAGGGAACAUUUUAUCGAAGGACAUGUUAACAGAGCUAUUGUAAAUAAAUUUGUACCAAAUUCGAAAAAUUUUGCAAGGGUGCUUGUUUAUAAUUCAAGAUACAAUGGACCACCAAGUGAAACAAUUGUUGUCAACACACCGGAAGGAGUUCCAGGAACGGUCCAGUUUGUCGAGGCUAUACCAAUGGGUUCUUCUGCUUUGCUUCUCAUCUGGAAAAAGCCUGAACAGACAAAUGGUGUACUUACAGGAUACAAGGUAUACUACCAAAAUGUGAAAGGGACAAAAGUGGGUCCGCUUCGAGAAAGAGAACCUUCUAUUUCAGACCCGAAACAAACAAGAGUGAAAUUAGCAGGCUUAGAACCAGCCACAAAAUAUCGAAUUCAUGUUAAAGCCACUACUGCUGCUGGUGAAGGAGAAGGAUAUUACAUUGAACAGAGGACUAGAGGUUCUCAAACUGCACCUCCGGAUAAACCUAAAUUUAAAUGGUCUAGAUUGCCAUCUGAAAACGGCUAUGCAAAAGUGAAAGUUCAAUGGCUUCCUAACAUUGAAGGAAGUAAACCUGGUUCUCACUUUUUCGUCAACUACAAGCUGAAGGGUGAUACCCAAUACCAAAAAACACCUGACACCAUGGAUGAAGAUUAUGUAAUCAUCAGGGGUUUGCAACCGUCGGAAACGUACGACUUCAGAGUAGUAUCGGUCGACGGGGAAUAUGUCGCAGAAUCAGAUGCUGAAGAAGUAGAAAUGUAUAGUGUCGAAGGUCCCAUUAUUCAACCCAAAGAAAAUGUCGCUACGGCUGGAUGGUUUAUUGGAAUGUUACUUGCCAUAGCGUUCCUUUUAAUAGUUCUCAUUCUUGUGUGUAUAAUAAAGAGGAACCGAGGGGGAAAAUACGUUGUGCACGAAAGAGAAGCAGCCCAUGGUCGACACGAUUACCCAGAAGACGCAGGAUUCCACGAAUAUUCACAACCGUUAGAUAGCAAAUCUCAUGGAAGAAGUUCCUUAGGUAGUGAUCCAAAGGGUGCGCCUGAAAGUGACACUGAUUCUAUGGCAGAGUAUGGUGAAGGAGAUACCGAAGGUAUGAACGAAGAUGGAUCAUUCAUUGGACAGUAUGGAAAAAAGCGCCAAGGGGAGACUGCAUCGGGUGGCUUUGCCACUUUAGUCUAGACUAAGUAAGCAAUGGAAAAUUUACUGAGGAUGGAUCAUUUAUUGGUCAAUAUGGCCCUGGAAAUGAAAAAAAGAAGUCAGAUGAACAACCUACACUAUCUUCUGUUGCUACAUAUGUGUGAAUAUAUUGCUUUUGCAUACAAAAAAAAAACUGUGUACUACUCAGUGCAUUAGGCGUCAAUUCUUGUUGUUUAUGUCUUUCAAAUAGAGUGCAGUGCUUUAGCAGAGCUUCCUACUUACGAUUUGUGCACUCUCACAUUUGUACUGCCACAAAGAAAAAAAAGUUGAUAAAUGUUAAGUUCUUUUUUUUAUUUUCUAUUACCAAACAAAUUGAUUGAUAACAUUUUACUUCACAAAUUCAGGCCUUGUGGUUUAUUAAUUGGAAAAACAAAUGUAUAUAGAUCUGAAAAAUUAAAAAAAAACUUAAGGCCUAUUAAAUUAAAAGUGAUUCAGAAUCUCAACAUAUUGGAUUUUCAGAACUAGUGGUAUAAAGUCACAUAUAUUUAAGUCUCAAAUAUUUUUUUAUAUGAAUAGUUAUAAUUUGAAUUUCAUGUUGUUCUCAAGCAAACAAAAUUAAAUAGCUAACUAGCUUACAAUGUAGCUAGUUAUCUACAAGAAAUAAAUUAAGUGAACUUUAAGUGAAUAAGUGGACUUGUCACAAAGUAUGUAUAUGUAUACACAUUUUAUUAUAUAUGUAUAUAUACACAUGGCUAGAAUUAGUGAAAUAAUAAUUUUUUUAAUUCUCAAUCAUUUGAAGCACUAAAAUAAAAAAGUUAACUAGUAUAACUAUUCAUUCUUAACGAACUUCUUCAUUAUAUUUUUCAUACAGUAAAAAAAUAUAUAUUUUAUUUUAUAACAUCACAUUUAAGACUUAAUAAAUUAUCAUUUUUAUCCAAACAGAAUUCUGUUUUAAAAAUAUAUAUAUUUAAAAAAAAUACAAAAAAAAAGCAAGAAAUUUACUUUAAUAAUUAGGAGAGGGUUGUGAUUGGACCAGUUCAGAAUUAGAAUAAGCCAUACUGAUAAAAAAAAAGUUAUGUCAAAAGGUGUUUAGAAAUAGUCUGUUUGAAUUUCAAAAGUAUUUAUUAGUGCAGGAUUUAGGUGGUGUUGUACAGUUGUUU